ACAAAUUGCUCUUUCUGUUCGUUUAAAAAUGACUGAUCAAAGACCCAUUAUUCUUUGGGCUCAUGUAAGGUCUCUUUCUACGGUUUUUGAACGGCCAUUUCUUCAAUGUCCUCAAGAAUUCCAUGUUAUUCAUGAACCAUUUGUUCCAAUUGGUUACGCUUACACAACUAAAAACACUGAAUUUUUGAAUAGAAUUCCGUUACCUAAACCUACUGAUCCGAUCACUUUUACACAUCAUUUCACACCUACUUUUAAUGAAAUUCUUGCUCCUCAUUACUAUAAUGAAAAUAAAACACAUCCUUUAAGAGUUUUUGUGAAAGAUCUUGCAUUCUUCUUUAUACAUACAUCAGAAGGAAGUCCAUUGCAAUCCAAGGAGUUUCUUUCAAAAUUUAAACAUACUUUCUUAAUUAGAAACCCAGAAAAAUCUGUAAAGUCUUAUUACAAAGCUGCAAAUGCUACCUAUAAAGCUUGGGAUAAAGCCAACGUACCUAAUUCUGAAAGGGUUGAGCUUUUUUCCUCUAGCAGGAUUGGGCUCAAAGAAUCAAGGGAUCUUUAUGAUUUAAUUACGAAUGUAACUGGAGAGGAGAUUCCAUUAGUGGAUGCUGAUGAUUUAGUUCGAGAACCUGAGAAAGUUUUGAGAAAAUAUUGUGAAAUGGUCAAUGUAGAAUUUAAGAAGGAAAUGCUUGAAUGGAAAGCAGAAAGAUUAGAGAUAUGGGAUGAAAAAAUGUCAGGCCUAUAUCACGUUCCAAAUUUAGAUUAUUUGUGGCAUAA